AUGACUAAUUUAAAAGGUAAAGAUGUAGAUUUAUUACUUAAGGCCUCGCGCUGCGGAGACAAUAAAACUGUAGACUUUUUAAUCGCUAGAGGGAUUAGCGUUAAAGCAGUAAAUAUUUAUGGAGUGAAUGCAUUAAUGUACGCUUCUUCAGGGGGAAACGAUACAAUUGUAGAUUCGUUAAUUAAUAGGGGUAGUGAUGUUAAAGCUGUAGAUGAAAAUGGAAAGAAUGCAUUAAUGUACGCAUCUGAGAGUGGAAAGGAUAAAACUGUAGAUUUGUUAAUUAAUAGGGGUAGUGAUGUUAAAGCUGUAGAUGAAAAUGGAAAGAAUGCAUUAAUGUACACUUCUCGGAAUGGAAAGGAUAAAAUUGUAGAUUCGUUAAUUAAUAGGGGUAGUGAUGUUAAAGCUGUAGAUCAAAAUGGAAAGAAUGCAUUAAUGUACGCAUCUGAGAGUGGAAAGGAUAAAACUGUAGAUUUGUUAAUUAAUAGGGGUAGUGAUGUUAAAGCUGUAGAUAAAUAUGGAAUGAAUGCAUUAAUGUACGCUUCGAAGAAUGGAAAUGUUAAAAUAGUAGAUUUGUUAAUUAAAAAAGGGAGUGAUGUUAAAGCAGUAGAUAGAAAUGGAAAGAAUGCUUUAAUGUACGCAUCUGAGAGUGGAAAUGAUAAAACAAUAGAGUUGUUAAUUAAUAGGGGUAUUUGUCACUUGUCUCCCAACGGUAACUAUUCUACAGAAGUGCAUGGUUAUAGACGUUUUCAUACAAAAUACAACAGACUAUAA